AUGGCGGAGGCCGCCCCACCGCCCCUCCACCGUGGCCUCCCGGACGAGAUCGCCAUCUGGGAGAUCCUUGUCCGCCUGCCCCCCAAAUCCCUCCUCCGCUGCCGCGCCGUCUGCCAUGCCUGGCGCAGAGCCACCACCGCCCGUGACUUUCUCCUCGCCCACUACGCCCGCCAGCCCGCGCUCCCCCUCAUCUAUGGCCUCGGACGCGACAUCGAGUCCCUAGACAUUAUCCCCUUCGACCACCGUGCAGGGGUCGCCACCGCCGACGACCGGCUCCUGUCCGUCGCGCGAAUUGGUGGCCCUUACGUCCGUCCGUGCAUCUCGUGUGAUGGCUUACAAGGCCUCUACAUCGGCGUGGAUCAGUUAAGCAUCGUCAACCCGGCAACUCGUCAAUGCGCUCGCCUCCCGGGUUUUACUGUCACCGACACUCACCGACCCGUGGGGAUGUACCCGCACAGCCUAAGCGGCGAGUACCGGAUACUGCUGGCACCCCGUGAUCCAGAUGACUCCCACCAGCUCUACACACUAGGCUCCAACCAGCCACCAAGGCCAAUAGACAUAGAUGGCCGUGUUGUGGAUGAACUGUCACCCUUCACACCUCUCCUCUUCCAUCAUAGCCUGCAUUGGUGCCUAGACAACAUGACAACUGUAUUCGACACCACCGCUGAGUCGUUCCAGGAGGUGCUCGCUCCAGACGGUGCCGACCAGUUUAUGAUGGAUGAAAUUUAUGGUGGUGCCCUGUUUGAGGUGGAUGGAAUGCUCGGCAUGUCCAGUCUUAAUGCUGAAUUUACCAGCGUUGGUAUCUGGUCUAUGCACAAUUACGAAAGCAAGGUCUGGGCAUUCAAAUAUCGGGUCGAAUUGCCACUUGCGGAGCUCACCAUGCAGUUUGGAAAGUUUAAACCAUAUGGUUGGGGGGUGCCCUCUUCUUGGGAUGGUGAUGUGACCAUGCUGCUCCAGUUUGGUGACUGGCUACUUCAGCUUGACAUGGAUGGCAAGGUGGUUGCUAGUUUGCACCGUCACAAAGGCCUCUUUCCUACUCAACAUCUGCUCAAGCAAACUCUUGUUCAACAUUCCUUCUUUCCGACACUAGAGGGUUAUGUUGUCAAUGCUUCACCUUUCAUAUAA